CUCUUCCUGAUCCUCAGCCCGCUCACAGGUUCCUCUUCCUCCUCCUUCUCGCCCCUAGCCUAGGCCUCCUGCUGCCCCGCCUCCUCCAAUCCAUCUUUCCCGGUUUCCUGCCAUCUAGGAAAGGACACCCUCACCCCAAGAUGCCUUCCUUCGCCCAGACACUCGCCGUGUUCGCCUCGGCCCUGGCCGUCGUCUCGGCCAGCCCCAUCGACACCAAGGUCGGCACCCCGCAGCAGGCCCAGCCCUUGGACUUCUCGGUCAGCCAGGUGGCCAACCCCAGGGGCCCCGUGGUCAAGAACGGCGCGCUGGCGCUCGCGCGCACCUACCAAAAGUUCGGCAAGCCGCUGCCCCCCGUCCUGGCUGCGGCGGUGCAGAACGCCAAGGCGGCGGCCUCGUCGCUGACCCGCCGGGCCGGCGGCAGCGGCAGCGCCACGACGACGCCGGGGCAGUUCGACAUCGAGUACCUGACGCCGGUCACGAUCGGCACGCCGGGCGUCACGCUCAACCUCGACUUCGACACGGGCUCGUCGGACCUCUGGGUCUUCAGCGGCGACCUGCCGUCGUCGUCGCAGGGCGGCCACGGCAUCUACACCCCGUCCAAGAGCAGCACCUCGAGCGGCCUGUCGGGCUCGACCUGGUCCAUCCGCUACGGGGACGGCAGCGGGGCGUCGGGUAAGGUCUACACCGACGUGGUCAACAUCGGGGGCGUGAGCUUCAAGAACCAGGCGGUCGAGACGGCGUCGCGCAUCUCGUCGUCCUUUACGCAGGGCGACUCGGACGGCCUGGUUGGGCUCGCCUUCAGCUCCAUCAACACGGUCAGCCCGCGGGCGCAAAAGACCUUCUUCGACAACGUCAAGGCUUCGCUGUCGUCGCCCGUCAUCGGCGUCGACCUCAAGCACGGGGCUCCGGGCCACUACGACUUUGGGGCGCUGCCGUCGAGCCGCUACACGGGCUCAAUCUCGUACGUGCCCGUCGACAACUCGCAGGGCUUCUGGUCCUUCACGGCCAGCAGCUACGCCGUGAACGGGCAGACGACGCGCCGGCGGCUGACGGGCAUCGCCGACACGGGCACCACACUACUGCUGCUCGACGACUCGGUCGUCGACGACUACUACUCGCACGUCUCGGGGGCCCAGAACUCGGCCUCGGAGGGCGGCUACGUGAUGCCCUGUCGAGUCACCCCGCCCGACUUCUCCUUCACCGUCGGGUCAAACACCAUCACAAUUCCGGGGAGCUUCAUCAGCUACGCGCCCGUCUCGGACGGCUCGUCGACGUGCUUUGGCGGCAUCCAGUCGGACGCGAGCAUCGGCUUCUCCAUCUUUGGCGACAUCGCCCUCAAGGCCGCCUACGUCGUCUUUGACGGCUCGUCGACCCCGAGGCUGGGCUGGGCGAGCAAGAGGCUGUAG